AUGCUGCGCACUACCCACUGCUUGGUAAGUAACCUGUGGAAGGUCGAGCACCGUGCACGUGUUCGUUCUCAAGAAAAACAGCCAAGCUGCCACAAUCACGCGUGUUGUGGCUCGUCAGAAUUUCGCCGGGACUCCCAGGAUGGCCGUAGCUCAGGAGGAUACCAGGCAGGAGGCGGCGCGAGGCGUGGAGUGAGGAGGGAGGUGAGCCAGGCACGUCAAGCAACAGAUAUGCCGUACAUGAGGAAAACUGUUGACACCUUCAUAAAUAAAGAAGUUGGUUUAUGGGCGUCUUAUCAGACUAAAACAGCGAGCUUGGGAAGCAGUUAAUUCCCAUCUAAGUAUAAAUUCCCCUGUGACGUUUGAUGCAUUGAAUGAUUUC